AUGGACGGAGAGCUCCAAGGUCUAGGUUUGAGCGAGAUUCAGUAUCGUAUUCUUACGAAGCAGCUCCAACAAGUGGACGCCGACAUCCUGAAGCCAACCACCAGUUACCUCACAGUCGAGCACCACAAAGGCACCCCCGGGAAGCAAUCUGGUGUGAUCUCGCCAGCGCAUUCUGAUGUUGAGCCCGUCUCGGAGGGCGAAGAAGACGAGGUGGUUGACUUGGCGCCUUCUAAAGGUGAAGAUUAG